AUGUCAAAACUUUGGGAUAUUCUUGCCGGUUAUGCCUGGAUAGAUAGAGAUGUUGGCUAUAUUGUCAAGUUUUCUCUGCAACCAAACAGAAAAGAGAAACCCAAAAUUGCGAAGAACAAGCUAGAAAACCUGCUCAAAAUCGCGAAAGCUGGAGCGGUUAAGCCGUUAAUCUUGUUGAUUUCCUUGGCCAAUCCUCAGCUCCAAGAGUAUGACGUCACAGCGAUUUUGAAUCUCUCGCUCUGCGACGAGAAUAAGGAGUUCAUAGCCUCCUCUGGUGCGAUUAAGCCACUGGUUCGAGCUUUGAGAUUGGGAACUCCGAUGGUGAAAGAGAACUUGGCUUGCGCUCUACUUCGACUCUCUCAAGUAGAUGAGAACAAAUUCGCGAUCGGACAGUCAAAAGCGAUUCCGCUGUUGGUGAAUCUUCUAGAAAGCGGUGGUUUUUGCGGGAAAAAGGACACGUCGACGGCUCUGUACUCUUUGUGCUCUGUAAAGGAAAACAAGAUCAAAGCCGUCCAAGCUGGAAUCACGAAGCCAUUGGUGGAGGAGGUGUUUGGGGAGUGA